AUGCCGCUUCUUGAUCUAGCGAAUGAAUUACUCUGUUGCAUAUCGGAAAACCUAGAAUUAGAGAGAGAUAUCAACGCCUUUGUGCAAGCGAACCGCCACCUUUAUCGUUUGCUAAAUACCUAUCUCUACCGUUACAACGUACGACAGUUUAGAAGCUCGGCGUUAUUGUGGGCCGCCCAAUAUGGCCAAGAGGGAACGGCCCAAAAAUUGCUAGAAGAGAGAGCUGAUGACCAAGCCAUAGAUGGCUGCUUUCAGGCAUCGCUCCGCGUGGCGGCAGAGAAGGGGCAUAAAGAGAUAGUAAAGCUGCUGCUCGACAAGAGCACCGACAGCAGUGUGCAGGACGGAUAUUAUGACAAUGCCCUCCUGGGAGCUUUAGAAGGCGGCCACCAGCAGAUCGUAAAACUGCUGUUUGACAAGGGCGCUAAUGUCAACGCA